AUGUGGCGGGGGCUGCCGGCGCUGGCCCUGGCCGCGCUGCUGCUGCUGGGGCGGGCGCCGGCGGGGCGGGCGGCGGCCUGCGAGCCGGUGCGCAUCCCGCUAUGCAAGCCGCUGCCCUGGAACAUGACCAAGAUGCCGAACCACCUGCACCACAGCACGCAGGCCAACGCCGUGCUGGCCAUGGAGCAGUUCGAGGGGCUGCUGGGCACCAACUGCAGCCCGGACCUGCUCUUCUUCCUGUGCGCCAUGUACGCGCCCAUCUGCACCAUCGACUUCCAGCACGAGCCCAUCAAGCCCUGCAAGUCCGUCUGCGAGCGCGCCCGCGCCGGCUGCGAGCCCGUCCUCAUCCGCUACCGCCACGCGUGGCCCGAGAGCCUGGCCUGCGACGAGCUGCCGCUCUACGACCGCGGCGUCUGCAUCUCCCCCGAGGCCAUCGUCACCGCCGAGGGCGCCGAUUUCCCAAUGGAUUCCAAUAAUGGCAACUGUAGAGGCACCGGCAUUGAACGCUGCAAAUGCAAACCCAUAAAAGCUACCCAGAAGACCUAUCUACGCAACAAUUAUAACUAUGUCAUUCGGGCAAAAGUGAAGGAGGUGAAGACUAAAUGUCAUGAUGUCACUGCAGUAGUGGAAGUAAAGGAGAUUCUCAAAUCUUCCCUGGUGAACAUCCCAAAGGACACUGUAAACCUUUACACAAACUCCGGCUGCCUCUGCCCACCGCUCAGUGCCAAUGAAGAGUACAUCAUUAUGGGCUACGAAGAUGAGGAGCGCUCCAGGUUACUCUUGGUGGAAGGCUCCAUAGCCGAGAAAUGGAAGGAUCGACUUGGUAAAAAAGUAAAGCGCUGGGAUCAAAAGCUCCGCCACCUGGGCAAGGCGAAAGGAGAGCCGGGACAAAGCGAUUCGGCACCGAAGACCGGGAAGCCCAGCAAUGCCCGGCAAGCUCGCAGCUAGAUGAGAAAUGCCCUACGCCAAAAUUCAGUGGACUAUCUGUCAAGACUUCACUGUUGGAGCAGCAAAGGAGAAAUUGCACUAUUGCACGUUAUAUUCUAUUGUUUACUACAAAAUAAUGUUUUAGCUUAUAUUAGUUUUUAUUCUCCCUCUUGUUUUUCUACCUUUUUUUUUUUGUUUGUUUGUUUUUGGAUGUGUGCAAGCUCUGGAAAUAAUAUGUUCUUUCACGUUACUAAGAAGUGUAGAGAACUGCCUUUGUGAGGUGCGGGAAGGUCAGGAUAUGCUGAAGUUGCCACUUUGACUCCCAAAUCUUCUUAGUGGGUGUAUCUGUGCAAGCAGGAGAUCUAGUGCUGCCCAUCAUUAGUGACCCACACCAGCUGCCUUGGCUCAGUCCUUCUCAGCACAGCCUUGGUCACUGCUUGCAAACCUCCUUACU